AUGGCUUUGGCGAUCCCAUAUGCUUUCAAGAACACAAUACACAAGCUGUGCUGCUGGCACAUUAUGAAGAAGUACAGGGAACACCUUGCGUACCUGUACAACCUGCACGAAGACUUUAAGGAUGAAUUCACAUCAAUCCUCAACUGGCCCCUCAUGCCAACUGAGUUUGAGGUUGCCUGGAAAAGACUCAUGGAUAAGUACAACCUCCAUGAUGAUGCCACGAUGGUGGCCAUGUGGAACGAGCAUGAGAGAUGGGUAUCAGCCUACUACAAAGAAAUUUUCUGCGCCAAAAUGACAUCCACACAACGAAGUGAGAGCAUGAACUAUGUGCUCAAGAGGAACUUCGUAAGUGAGAGACAAAACCUCCAAUGGUUUGUCAGCCAGGUAAACUCCUGCGUCAAAACCAGGAGGCAGACAGAGAACCAGGAGACAAUGGAGACGGAAGAGCCCACAAAUUACCUCGUGCGCUACAAGAAGACGCAAAAACUGUCUGCGUGGGCUCAGCACGCGUUCCAGGUGGUUGCAGACCCCGUGGGAGAAAUAUAUACCUGCGAGUGCAAGCUAUGGGACCACACAGGUAUUUUCUGCGUGCAUGUCGUGUGCAUGAUGCAGACAAUCAAGGCUGACGGGGUUCCAGAGAAAUACAUCCUUAGGAUAUACACCAAACGCCCGAACAUCCAGCCAAGAUUCAACAUAAAUGACUUGAGGGCAGCAGCGUCAAACAAGGCCUCCCAAAUACUGCAUUGA